CGCAUGUCAACCAUGUCAAAAUCACCUGUUUAGGAAUAACAUCAAAGAAGUGAUAACAGAAUCCGUUAAUUCUACUACUGCUAAAUUGAUCAGAGCGCCAUACUACCUAAGAAGUAUGUCUAGUGGCCAACUAAAAACAGCAGGAAUUUUAGUUCUAGGUGACGAACUUCUGAGAGGGGAAGUAGUUGAUUGCAACUCACCCCAUAUCACAAAGGACUUGUACAAAUUUGGAGUCAAUGUCAGAAAGAUUUCAAUUAUAGCUGACGACGUUGAUGAAAUAUGUAAUGAAAUUAAAACGUUUUCUAAGGCGUACAAUUACGUAAUUACUUCUGGAGGCAUUGGACCAACUCACGAUGAUGUGACUUUUGAAGCUGUGGGAAAAGCUUUUGGUGUCCCGGUAGCCCUCAAUGGUCAGUUGCGGGGACUUUGUGAGCGAUUUUAUAAAACCACAGAUGUAAACCAUCCAGGGAUGAAACUAGCUAUGGUCCCAGAAACAGCGAAACUAACGUUCACAAGUGAGUUUGCCUACCCUGUUGUUUCGGUUGAAAAUGUGUACAUGUUUCCCGGAAUUCCCGAGCUUUUCCUCAAGUCUUUUAAAAGUGUUGGUGCUCAGUUGUUUAAAGGGGGUAAUGUAACGUUUUAUAGUAAAGUAAUUUAUGUUACUUUGACGGAGGACAAAAUUGCUGAUGAAUUGGGGAGAUUAGCUGGCACUUUUCCGGACGUGCAUGUGGGAUCAUACCCCCAACUGUUCCAUGCGUUAUAUAAAGUGAAAAUUACCUUGGAGUCGACAAGUGAAAAGUCCGUGAACGAAGCAUAUGAGAAGUUACUUUCAAAGUUUCCCAAGGAGUCUGUUAUUGAUGUAGAUAAUGCGUAAUACGAUAGUUGAUAAUUUUGUUCAUUAAUUAAAAAUAAACGACGUUAACAAU